UUCUCAUAUAUACACAUACAUAUAUAUAUAUAUAUAUAAAUAAAACGACAAUUGCUCCUCCUAAAGCCUCAUAAACAAUUCCAACCUUUUCUUCACCAUCUCAUAUUUCUCUAUUUUCUCUUGUUUGGAUAUCAUGGAAGGUGAUAACAUGAGAGCCUUUGACAUGGGUACACUCAGAACAAGUCUUCCACAAAAGAGAUCUGGGUUGUCAAGGUACUACUCCGGCAAAUCAAGAUCAUUUACGUGCAUGGACGACGUUAGAAGUGUGGAAGAUCUUAAGAAACCGGAACAUCCCGAUGCUAAGAAGAGGAAGAAACAUUCGGAGAGGAAGAACUUUCCGGUUCCGACCUACCCUCCUUAUCCAUGUCGAAGAGUUUCUAGCACCACCCAAUGUGCUGCACCUUGCGUUGGUGUGUGAAUAUAUAAAUCUAACUGAAAAAAAAAUUAUGGAAAAGCACAAUAACAUAUUCUUUUUUGCAAUAUUUUGCUGCUUUCCCAAAUCUCAAAAGAUGUCGACUUCGAAUUCCAUUCUUAGGAAUUUUGUGGUUUUUGGAGGAUCUAGCUACGGGAGAGCAAGGAAGAGAGAGCUUUCUUUUCUCCCAAAUUGUGUAAAUAAUUUAAGUGAUUAAACGUACAUGUAUUAGAUUUUAUUUUUUGUUAUUAUUAUUAUUAUUAUUAUUAUUAUUA